AUGCGCCGAAGCUCGAGGGAGAGGCGUGCGGCGGCGGCAGCGGCAGCGGCGGCGGCCGCGGUGGCGGAGGACGCGCCAGCACCAAGCAGCGUGCGUACUACCAACAACAAUAACCGCCGAGAGACCAACAACAACACUGACGAUGUGGGUUCUGGUGAUGCGAGGCGCUGGAGCAGAGGCAGCGGCGGCGGCGGCGGUGGCGCUGGAUCUCGCCGGGGCGGCAGGAAGAGCGGGACCAGGUCGCCGGCGUCGACGACGGGCGGCCGCCGCGGGGUCGGGGGGAGCAGCAACACCGCCGACGACUCGGAGAGCUCCUCCGAAUCGGAUGAGGACUACGUAGAACCACGCCAACAACAAGCCAAACGCGACGGCAGCAGCAGCAGCAGCGUCCCUCCAAGAAAAAGGGGACGGCCUUCGAAGGCUGACAUGGCGGCCGCCGCCGCCGCCGCCGCCGCCACCGCCACCGCUGCCGCUACGUCGUCGCACCGAUCCGCGGCGGCAGGUGGGAGACAGCCAACGGCUUCCCCGUUCACCACCCGAAAGUCCACAAGGAACAGCUCCGGAGCGGCUACCACCAACUAUGCGGCCGUCGAACCCCGGCGCAAGACUCCCAAGAUACCGCCGCCGCCCUUGCCCAAGGCCCCCUCGCUGAGAGCGGAGAUCGUCGAGCGCGCGCUCGAGAAAACGCCGGCGCAGGCGCCCGCGCAGGCGGCGCGGGGGGGCGCGGGGGGCGGGCGGGGCGCGGGGGCGGCGGCGGCGGCGGCCGCUGCCGCUGCCGAGGCGGCGGUUGAGGCGUUGGAGCCCGAGUUUCUCGAAGAUCUUCUGGCGUGCUGGGACUUCUUGCAGCUCAUGAGUGUAGCCGAGACUGAGGCGUACAACGGACCGAUCCCGUCGAUGGUACCGGGACAACCGCCCCUACCGGAGCAGACCGAUGGCAAGGGCGGGGGCGGAGGGGGGGGGGUCUUCCUGCGCCCGGUUCCGAGCCCCUUGGGGCCUAAGGGCUUCAAGGCGCCGACCCUGCCGCAGCUGUACGCGGCGGUGUCGAGUCCGGAGCAACGGGGCUGGCUCGACGCCCUGCAGGUCCGGCUUGUGGACAUGGUUCAAGACCAGAUGGUGUCCAGCCUCGACGAACGGGAGGCUGCCGCGACGACCAGGCCGAAUUCGGCGGCGCAGGGGAGAGCGGCGAGGAAGAAGCUUGGGAAAGGCGGCGGGAAGAUCGAGCCGCACCACCUGUCGCCCGCGUGCGUGUGGCUCGACGCUCAGCACGACGCGACCCACGGGGCGAGGUACAUCGAGAGCAUCACAGGCAACGCGGACAACCCGCCGCCUGCCAAGAAGGAGGUCAAGUCUCCGCUCCCGCCGUCGGGGUCGGGCAAGCCCCCCCCGGACGGAGGCAAGAAAGGGGAGCCCACAGAUGGAGAAGGAGGGGGAGGUGACGCGGCCGCGGCGGCGGCGAUCGCCGGGGAGGAGCCGCCAAAGGCAGCGGAAGGGGAGCCGAAGGCCGAGGCGGCGGCGGUGGCUUCGCCUUGGGCAGGAGCGGCGGCGAAGAAGAAGCAGCAGCAGCUGCAACUUGCGAACGGAGGCGGAUUCAAGAGCGCCGCCCCGUUCGUCUUGUCCUCCCCGCCCGCCGCGGCCCCGGAGGCGGGGACGGUAUUGGCGCCGGAGAGCUCGAAGAAGCCGUUGCCGUCCUCGGCAACCACAGCGAUAGCAACAAAAGCGGAAGCAACAGGGACAAGAGCAAAGGCGGAAGCAACAGGCACAAGAGCAAAGGCGGAAGCAAGAGCAGGAGUGGAAGCAGCAGAAGAAGCUGCUGCUGCUGCGUCGCCGGCCCCGACGGUAGCCGUCACCAAGGACAAGAGCGCGGCAGGAGCUCUGACGCCGGCGAGGGCAUUACUGGGGACGUCGGCCCGCGUAGCAGCGCUGGCGCGAGCGGCGGAGACAGCGGCGAAGGCGGCGGCGGAAAAGGCAGCGGCGGAAAAGGCCGCCGCCGCGAUUGGGGCGGCGAAGGACGCUGCCGCUGCCGCUCAGAGGUUGCAGCUGGAGGCGGCAGAGGCGGCGGCGCGGCGGGAGACAGGGGGGGUGCUAGGGGGAGAGGCGGCGGCGGCGGCGGGGCUGGACGAGGAUGAGGAGGACACGCCGGAGAGGAACCCCGGGCCGGACGCGGCGGUGCUGAGGGCCAUCAAGCUGCGACUGGAGCAGUGGCGGAAGGACAACACAAAGCGCGUGGAACAGGAAAACCUGGCCAGGAUUGCUCGCUACGGUGUGGCGGGCGGCGGCGACUCGAGGUUUGGAGGGCAGCUGUCCAGCGUGCUCGGGUUACAGAUGCCUAGCGCUGCCGCCGGCACUGCAUCGAAGUACGGAGCUCAGAACAUCCGGAGGUGA